CACCAAGUUUGAAAUGUUAGGGAUGUAACGAGAUGACAACUCAUAAAAGACAACAUACCCUAUCUUAAAAUGACAAAAAAUAUUAUCUGCUGGAAUUAGAUGAUGUUCACAAGUUUAGGUAGCUUGCAUAAUUCAGCCCCUUUGGCAAUAUUUAUUAUGUACCCGUCUAUUGAAUCCAAUAAGCCUUGAAGAUGCUAGUAAGUAAACAUAACAUGCCUUCAACCAAUAAUCUAAACUAUCAAAAACUGCUUAUGAGCACAACUGCAUAUUAUACACCAAUAGGAACUGCUGUCAUUUGCUAAGCCAACAUCACAAGUAUUAGCUGACACUGUCCAUGACAUGUAUACCAAAAGGUAAGCAUAGACACAUGCACAUGCAUACGCAAGAUGAGUUGCACUUGAGAAGUUUAUCUCCUAAGCAUGUCCUGUCACCUCAAAGAGUAAUAUUUUGUUUAUUGAUUAAGACAUUUCAUCCUUAGAUGAGCUUUAGAUUGGCCGAAAGAUAAUGGAUCAACUUGCACCAAGAACUUCAUGAAAUAGAAGUAAAGAUUUUUUUUUUUUUGUUGAUACUUUGAUCUUAAGCAUGUUUUACUUUACGCAUAAUGAUAUAAUGAAUGGCAGAUUGUACAAGUGUAGGUAGCAUGUUGUAGCCUUGUAAUUAUAGCAGCUGUGUUUUCAAAGGGUUGUAACUCUUCUGUCCCAUGAACUAUUCAUGUUGAUCUCUUCACAAAUUUUUAUAUAAGAUGAUAAAAACUCACAGAUUCAUGCUGUAUAAGGUAGAAAAUCAUUGUUAGUGUCCAGGUUUCGGUUCUAGAAUCGGGUCUCCUCGACUGACCUAGAAAAUGGCUUAAAUAAUGGAAUUGGGAGGACUCAAGGGGGUUAUCGAUAUAAGAGGGAAUUUCCUCUGGUGAGGGUCGCUCUGAGUAUUUCUAGUAGCAGGUGGAAGUUAGCAGGCGGUGGCUAACAAUGGUAUCAGAGCUAGUCUCUGACCGCAACUUGAUGGAGGUCGUUGCAGAGCAAUUGGGUUGGAUAGAUCGAUGGAAGGUGAAAUUAAAAGAUUCUUUCGAUAGGAUCGAUCAACAGAUACUCGACAUCGACUAAAAAUUUCAAAGGAUUAGCUCAAGACAAUUCAUUAUUAAGGAGCUGUUGCAGGAGUUGCUCCACAAGGUCUCCAAAGCCUCUGAGCAGUUACAACCAGGAAAGAUGCAACACCCGCCUUUGGAGUUUCCUACGAGAACGCUCAACAUGGACGAUGCGUCGAUGGUCGUUGUUGCAGAGACCAUGCUUGUAGCCAAGGGAGAGGAUGCGGUAGCUAAUCAGACCAUCGUGUAGCACAAUCCAGAUGGUAGAGAAGCUUCACUUCCAGAUCAUUUUGUUGCCAACAGUCGGCGGCAUAAUAUUCCUGUUUCACCAAUAAUUCCAGAUGCUAUCGUGGAGCAUGUCGGAUGCAGAAAGGAACAAGAUCAUUCAGCGUAUGACUAUUCAAAAUUAUCUUUUCAUUGCCAAUAACUUGGUUGCUAUGCUAGGUUGUCAAUGGAUGUGUUGAAUCUUGAAUGAUAGUUAUGGUUCUUUAUAUACAAAAAAGGCGAACCAAGGAGGCGUUAAGCGUGGAGUGCCUAUCGGAAGGCAGGGAGAGAGGGGUUGUAGCGAGAAGGGUGGUGACGAGGAGAAAAUGUAGCAAAACUUACUAAGGCAGCCGGAGAAACCCCCCUGGUAUGGCGAACGUGGUCACGCGAUUGACAACAAAAACUGUGGUUGAACCCUAGCUCUCAUCUUCUUAUUAAAGGUAAUAACGGCUUCACAUCAGGAGACGAGGUCCUUGUACCACUCCAUGAUGGCUCUAGGAUGGUGUCUUAGAUAAGCAAGAAAUGAAAUUCAUCGCAGAUGAGUCUUCUAUGCGGAGUUGAACGAGGUGCUGACAGAGGAAGGACUAGCAGCAGAGAAUCCCUUCAUCCCUGGAAUAGGACGCAAAGAUGGCAACACCAGAAAGUGGAAGAGGGGCUCAAUAAGGCAGCCUGAGAAAACCUCUUGGAGCCGAACCAUGGGAACCAAAUUGAGGGGUGGAUUUGGGCAGGUAGUGCGGAACCAUUCUAGGAUGGAGAUAUUGAAAGGUCGGCCAGUUAGCUUGAGGAACAAAAGAGAUACUCGACUAAAAACAAAAUACAGAUGCCGAGCCCUUGCCCUCAUCCUCGUGGAAGGUAACAACAACUUAGCUUUAGGAGACGAUGCCUUGGGCACAUGUGGAGUUUUGCAACCCACUGAAAAUCGAAGUAUACAAGAAGCACCAAAAGUGAUUGUCGACUCUUUGACGAUGCCCAUCCUACCAAUGAAAGGAGCAAACAAGGAUUCUCAGAACAAAGAACGAGAAUUAGUCGACUUGGCUUUAGGCAGCAGCAUAACUACCGAUGAUCCAAAAAUUGGUGAAAGUCAAAAAUUGGUGAAAGUGAGGGUCCAGCAGCAGAUGAAGUUGGCCAUCUGAGGUAUGUAUAUUUUCCCUUACCUCAUACUUGCUCAGGUUCUAUUGCCUUCAACCAGACAGGGACUCCUGAGAUGGAAUGAGAGAGGGUUCACAGUGUGCACAACAGUUAAGCAUGAUGGACUGGAAGGGAACAGCUGUAGGCUCUCAAAGAAAGCCUUAGAAAUCGAGACCAAGGAGGCAGUUGAGGAUAAAUUAGAAAUAGAGACGAGGCAUACUCUAGUGGGAACGUUAGGCGUUUGGAUUGCAGUAAAAUAAAGGGGUUCGCCUGUCAUGAAAUCCGUUUUGGGAAUUUUGUCGGAAUUCCUUCAUGGUGACGGUGAUUGUUCGACCAUUGAGCAUACAUUCACUAAGAUAUGCUCGGAUGCUAUGCUCUAUCCACCACAUGAUUGCCUUGUAGGAUCGUCACUUCCUUCUAAGUUUUGUCCAGACACCAUCUACAUGAUACUAAAGGAUCUCACUCCAAAUAAUCUCAGGAUCUUUUGGGAAUCAAAGAAUUUUAAAGGCCACACAGAUAUGGAGGAGUCGUGGUACCAAAAUGAAUUUUCUGUUGAGAAAAUAACUGAUGCCAUUUUACAGAAAUGGAUAAAUGCAUCCCCUAAUGAUGAACCUCAUUUGCCUGUACCAAAUUUAUUUGUUCCCACUGAUUUAGCAAUCAAAGAAGUGCAACAAACCAAAUAUCCAUUUUUGCUAAGAAAAACUUCUUUUUCAAGAUUGUGGUACAAGCCGGAUGCCUUGUUCUGCACUCUGAAGGCUUUUGUCAAGAUAGAUUUCAGCUGUCCUAAGUCGCGCCAUUCUUCUGAUGCAGAAGCCGUCACUGACAUUUUCACACGUUUAUUGAUGGAUUACUUGAAUGAUUAUGCUUAUGAUGCACAGGUUGCUGGUUUGAUGUACAAGAUAUCUCAAUCUGAUUUUAGGUUCCAGUUGAAUGUGUUUGGAUGCAACCACAAAAUGAAGCUAUUUCUGGAUGCCAUAAUUGAAAAAAUUGCUCAAUUUGAAAUAAAACUUGAAAAAUUUUCUGUACUCAAGGAAAGCAUGGUAACGUAUGACUACUUCAAGUUUAGACAGCCAUAUCAGCAGGCAAUGUAUUAUUCCUCUCUAAUAUUGGAGGACAAUCCAUGGCUUGGGAGUGAGAAACUUGAGGCUCUUGUUCAUCUUGUACCUGAAGACCUCUCAAAAUUUUCUCAUCUCUUGCACUCCACGACAUUUUUUGAGUGUCAUGCUGCAGGUAACAUUGGACCUAGUGAAGCAAAGACCUUGGUUAUUGAUAUUGAGAAGUUAUUGUUUUAUAUUCCAGAAUAGAUAUGCAAGACUUUGUUUGCUGCACAGUUCUUGACAAAUAGAAUUGUCAAACUUCAGACUGCAAGAAGCCAUUUCUACCCCGUUCAAUACCUUAACCAAGAUAAUGAGAAUUCUGCACGAUUAUUCUAUCUUCAGAUUGAUCAAGAUGUUUUGGUACUACAUACAAAGCCUCAGCUCAUUGUUCUUGUUGCAAAGCAGCCAGUGUUCCAUCAGCCCCGUACAGUUGAGCAGCUUGGUUACAUUGCGAUACUAAUGCAGAGGAAUCACUCUGGAAUUCAGGGACUGCAGUUUAUUAUUCAGUCCACUGUGAAGGACCCUGGACGGCUUGAUGAGAGGCCGGAGGCAUUUUUGAAGAUGUUUGAUGACAAACGUUAUGCACUGCCUAUUGAGGAAUUUGAGAUAUCUCAAGGAAAGGAAAAAGUUUAAGGCAGAAAGAUACCUUCUAGGAAAAAGCUACCAGAUGGGACCAACCUAAACUGGUACGAGAGUUGCUCAAAUCAUUUCACCAGACUAAAUAGUGGAGAAGUUCCUAGACCGACUGCUUCAGAGUACUACCCACUUGUCGUUACCUCAUCUUCUAGAGCUGGCAAAUUUUGCAUCAAAUCCAAAUGCAUUUGCAUCAAAUCCAAAUGCAGGCCUCAACCACAGCUUUUCAAAUAUAGAACAAGAAAGCUAAGGAACACAUAUUCCAAUAACCCAACAGCUGAUUUGGCAUUAUUGGGAGUACUGUCUCAUGCCAACUUGGAGGAAGUUUUUGAGCAGGAGAAGCUGACUUUCAAAUGUAUCUUUACGCUAUCAUGGCUACUGUCAAGCCAUGUUUUUAUUAUUAUCUACAGCCCUAGUUGGCUGCAGUCAUGAGAGGACUCUGGUCUGUCAACAUUUGAUUUGGUUCAUCACACCAUGAGGACAAGGUGUUUUUAGAAGGGGGGAGUAAUGUUAGUGUCUAGGUUUCGGUUCUAGAAUCGGGUCUGGAUCAGGUCUACUGGGCUGACCCAGAAAAAUGGCUUUAAAUAACGGAAUUGGGAGGGGGGAAGGGGGUUAUCGAUGUAAGAGAUACUUUCCUCUGGUGAGGGUCGCUCUAACUAGGUUAGGGCGGUGUGUUUGGGUGAGUAUUUCUGGUAGCAGGUGGAAGUUAGCAGGCGGCGGCUAACAGUAUCAUUUUGUAGCCUUGUAAGUACAGCAUCUGUGUUUUAAAAAGUUGUAAAUCUUC